ACAAAUUCAAAAGUCAUCGGCCUCCUUCCCUCUUCCGCCGACGGUGACUUCUAUCUCUCUCGGAGAAGAAGAAACGGUGAGGAGAGGAUAGUUCGGUCGGCAGGUCCGACGACAGAGCAACGGAGAGUUGGUGUUAGGUAGCUCGGCGUUUUUGCUUCCCUCGCUUUUACAUUCUUCUAUCUUUAGAUAAUUCAAAAGCACUGGAUAAUCUGGGGUGCUUGCUCCAAAGUUAGGGUUUUGAAAUGGAACCGCCAAUUGAUGAAGAUAUUACCGAAUGGAUACUCGAGUUCAUUCUCCGAGCAACUUCUGACGAAGCUUUACAGAAGAAACUCCUCUACGCGCUCUCGACCUCUAAUUCGCGCUUCCGCUCGCGGUUGACGAAAACGAUGGCUCUGCGCUCGAUUGAGUAUGAGAUCGAAGACGCAUUUAUUUCGGAGAGGAUUCUAGAAUGCCUUGAGAUCGUAGAUGAAGUGGAUCGAUUGCAAGGGCUUAGCAUUAUGGAUUCCAUGAAGAAGGCAUAUUGUGCAGUGGCAGUUGAGUGUACUGUUAAGUAUCUUGCUUCCAGUUCCAACAGGGACGGGAAGUUUCUCGAAGCCGUUAAGAGAAUAUGGCGGGGAAGAAUCGGAAAUCUAGAAAAAUCCAAGAUUAGCAAUUUGUUGACUGAGGAAUUGAUUGAAUUGCGGGAGGAAAUCGAGAAAGCUGUUUGGGAUGAAGGUGUUUGUACUACACUUCUGGAUAGAAAUACCCGAAAUGCUGCCUUGUUUUCGGUUAGGGCUUAUUUGGAGGAAGCAAUGCCAUCAAUGGGGCCAACAAUUCUGGAACUGGGUAGUAAGCUGAUGCGGACUGUUGGUGAUGAACAAUUGCAGCACAGAGUUAGUGAAGAAAAUAUUCAAGAGGGUGGGGAGUGUGUUGGUGAUGAGAGGGCUCCAGCAGUAAAAGAAAAAGAAAGGACAAGAUCACCUGAAGUUAGACAAGCGCUUGCAGCACUCAAAGCUAGUACUUUGGACUUACAAACAUCAGUGACAGACCCUCUACCUGAAGCUUUACGUGUGGCUGAAGUUAUAGCUUUGGAGAUGGCCAGGAAAAAUGGCACUGGAGAAGUAGUGGAUGCGGAGGAGGGUAACACUGAAUCUGGUGGGGCUAAGGAGGUUGGUACUGCAAUGCCAUCUUCCAGCCAUCCGAAUACCUCUAGACAAAGUUUAAUGGAGAGGAACAGCACUGCACGAACUUAUGAGUGGGAGGAUUCCAUUUAUGAUGAUGAUUCAACUGAAGGAAGAUCCAAGUGUAUUCGAUUGUCUAGUCCAAAGAAAACGGUUGUUUCUCCACUGAAGAAGGCAAAUGUCCCAAAAUUCGUGAGGAAAAGAAAGAUAAAGAGAUGGAGUUUACAAGAAGAGGAAGCUUUGCGGCUAGGUGUUGAGAAGUAUGGGGUAGGUAGUUGGAAAAUGAUUUUAAAAUCCAACCCUGAGGCUUUUGAUGAAAGAACAGAGGUGGAUUUGAAAGAUAAGUGGAGAAAUUUGACUCGAUAUCAACGGUAAGAAACAACAAUUGUAGGUAUUUUUUGUACCGCGUCUACCAACAUUGUAUUGUUCUUUUUUGUUACCAAGGGGGAAAUACAUAAGUAAUUAUGUUACACCCUGUCAGUAGCUAAUUUUACACAGUUCUCAUCUGUUAACUCAGUUGGAUAAGAAGAAAAUAUAUAACCAUGUUGCAAGAACUGUGAUCCAGUUGCACUACGACAAUAAUUAAUCCUUCAGCUA